CAACAACUCGUACCGCAGGUGGCAGGUCGUAGCUGAGCUCGUGGGUCACACAGACGCGAUCCACGACGUGUGCUGGGCUCCGAAUAUGGGGCGCUCGUCCCAUCUACUGGCGACGGCCAGUAAGGACCGUACUGUGCGUAUUUGGCGCCUUACGAUCCAGGAGGAUGAUCACUUACAAGCAGAUGUGGAGGAAGUGGCACGUAAGCAUCAUCAUGACUCGGAAGUCUGGCGUGUCGAGUGGAAUGUAACUGGUACCAUGUUGGCGUCUUCGGGUGACGAUGGCACUGUGCGUAUGUGGAAGAGCGACUUUGAAGGCAAUUGGGCUUGCGUGAAUACCAUUUGUGGAGACCUUGGACCUGUAGUUGCACCGCCUCCCAUGGACUUGCGAACAAGUUAAGAAUGACGGGAAAUUACAAAGAGAACUGGCGCUGAGUAAUGAGAAGAAGUAGUUGUGUUAUACGAAAGGAAUCCUCUACAAGGCCUGGGCGCGAUUGUGCCACUGCUGAAGUGCUGCUGGACCUCGUCCCUGCGCCUCGAGGAAGUCGUUCAAUGCAUCGCGAUAGUCCGCGAUACUUGUCAGUCCAA